GAGAACCAAAUCACGAAACCUAGGAGGAGAUCGCUCCCAUGGCGUAUGUCGAACGAGGUGAGGAUCCUCUUUCUUUUCAAUAAUCUCCGCACGUCUCGGUUUCGUUAACCUAAUUUCGUAUUUCAACUCCGAUUUCUGGUGCUUUGAUUUCCUUUAAUGGAUUCCUCUCGUUAGAUCUCUACCUGUUUCUGCUGACUCGAUCAGUAUAAUUUGCCAUUCAAACUUGGCAGAUGCCAUCCGGCAUUAUGGUCAAUUUAUCUGUUUUUGUGGCAGAUUUAUUAAUUAUGCACACUCAAUUAUGUUUCAGUUUGGUUGAUUGAUUAUUGUUUGUUUCUUGAAUAGAUUUUUGGUUGGCGAUCCUUAACACUACAUUUUUCAGCAGCAUUGAUUGAUUGUUUGAUAUCAGUUAUAGCUAAAUUGCAAUUUCCUGUGCUGUCGGCACGAUUCAGAAUGCCAAAUGUGGCGAAUUACGUCUCUUUGUUUAUUCAGGUGUUGUGAAGUCCAAGAGGUCAAUAUGCAGACUGAGAACCAUUGUUGAUUUCUUUUGGGCCAUUGUUAAUUUCAUAGGCGUAUUUUUUGCGACUAUGUUCUCGAUGGAAAAGUCGGAUGCCUACAGAAAAGGAUCUGGUUCUAGCAAGAAAUCGGAUGAUGGCCCCGGUGGCCCUGGGAGCGGACCGUAUGGUGGUGGCCCUCGUCGUCCUCCUCCACGGGGAUUAGAUAAUGUUAGAGGAAUUGAUCAUAAUUCCUUGCCUGCUUGUGGCUCCUGCUGCGGUGGCUAAGUGUUUUUCGCAUCCAUUCCUGUGCCAUCUGCAGUCAUACAUCCUAAGUCCUAAGUUUGUAUGAUGAAAUGAAUUUUCCAAGUUUCUUAAUGUCAAUAGAUGCCUGUAAAAGAGAAUAAAAACUCAAUGAAUCCAGAAACCUUUC